ACACACACACACACACAAGAAUGCUUGGGGUUUGGGGCGGAGACAAGACUGCUUCACAUCAAUCCAAGUAAACGUAUUCGUUGUGCGUAACAAUAAGUUAACACACAGACUCUUUUAUCCGUGUAAGGAAGGCGCGUUUUCUCGGUCCUCCUGGACGGAUGGAGUGUGUUUUCACACACAUCGGAGACGGAUAUAUCUCAAAGGUAGUUUCGAUAGCGAGGUGCCCAGGAUACCGUCCAUAGUGGAGUGACACUGGAAGCAAACAAUCGAGUUGUAGGCUACCGUGCACCUUGUGACCAUCACUCUCCUCAAGGAGGCACCAUGCGGACUGGCGCGGAGGCGGAGGGCUUGGAUGGCGAGGCCUCCAACGCGUCAAUGAUCUCUGGGGCCAGCAGCCCCUACCAGCCCACCACCGAGCCCGUGCAAGCCAGAAGCCUGCUGGGGGGGAUCAGGUGUGACCUGGAGUACCUCAGGUCGUACCUGGGGAUCCUGAAGGUGGUAGAGGUGGUGCUGGCCCUGCUGGGCUUCAUCUGCAUCGAGACCAUCAUGAUGUGCGCUCCCUGUGGGGGCGUGUACUUCUUUGAGUUUGUCAGCUGCAGCGCCUUCGUCGUCACCGGGGUCCUCCUCUUCAUCUUCAGCCUCAACCUGCACAUCAAGGUGCCCCACGUCAACUGGAAUCUCACGGACCUGGUCAACACAGGGGCUUGUACCCUUUUCUUCUUCCUCGCCUCGUUGGUCCUUGCCUGCAUCAACCACGGGACUAGCGCUGAGAUCGCAGCUGUGGUGUUUGGCUUCUUGGUCACGUGUGUGUACGGCCUCAACUCCUUCCUGGCUGUCAGGAAGUGGCGCCGUGGCGACAGUGGCCAGGGGGUAACAACGAGCAGCGAGUAUACACGUGCGCGCACGGCCUCUCGCGGCGAGGUGGAGACGCGGCCAGAGCUAGCAUGAGAUGGACAACCCGAACACGCAUGUAACCACGGCGACCGCAGGGGGGGAUAUAGCGAGCAACGGACCGCUGCCGGUACCAUGGAAACGAUGGUUUGUGUAUAACGGUCUGAGAACUUAAGGACCUUGGUAACCUGUUCCAAGACGACUCCUCCCUGUUCCACCCUUUCACCUCCUCACACCUCCUAAUGGGGACCACACACGCACACACACACACACGCGCACACACACACACACACACACACACACACACACACACACACACACACACACACACACACACACACACACACACACACACACACACACACACACGCACACACACGGGCGCGCGCACACAUGCACACACACACGCACACACACAUGCGCACACACACCCAAAGACUUAAUCAACACUCAAGCACAGAGUGGUGUGUGUUGAGUGAAGAAGCUGAGCUGUUAGAUACUUAGUGCGGGGGUGAAGGGAACCCUACAUGUGGGGGAUGUGCACAAAGAGACCAAAGCAACGGAACAGUUUAUACGACCCUUAAUGAUCCCUUUGAUUUAUUGAUUACCUGGCUACCACCGUGGGUGUCUUUGCCUUGUAUCAUAUAUUUUUUAAUUUGUUUUGUUUCGCUGAAGAGACAAGUUUGGUGUAAGAUGAACUUCGGUCUGCGGGUAGAGCUAUGCUAACAGUGUUAACAGUAUAGCAACAUGGCUACAUGGUGCGUUAUUCUGUGUCAUGCUACAUACAGCCGUCCAAUGACAACACAGCGCUGAAGCAGUAAGCUCCAGGGACUUUAUACUGGACUGAACAUUGGGCCUGCAAUGCUCACUAACUACGACUGCUAGCUCCUGGCUAAUGGUCAGAUAGUUCUGUUAUGAAUGAGAUAGGAGAAGAGCGAUAUUAAGAUAUGUGUUUUGUUUUACACAAACAAAAUUACACUUAUGAAGUUGUUUGGUUUGUAUGUUUAUGUCAUUGUUGUGGGUUUUCCUGACUGGGUUAAAUGUAAAGGGAUGAUGUAAACUACGGUAAAUAUUCGUAGACUAAGCUUCAUAGACGGGGUCUGAAAGCAAUAACAGGAAUUCAUUGGUUUAAGAAUGAAAUAUAUGACAUAGACAAUCCUCAGACCAAAAUCUACUGUGACUGCCCUAAAGUUGUAUAUUUGUACACAACAAAGUAUAUUCCUAUAUUAAGCUGCUCUCAAUUUCAAAAUCAAAAUUUUAAAAACAUGAAAAAAAAAGAAUGUGCCGGACGGAUCCACAGGCAGUCCAAGGAUCAUGUGAUGAAGUUAUGGGGAAUCAUUGAUUCAACUUUACAGUUUAAUGAGUUUGAGUUCACUACAGUUGAACCGGGGGCCUUUGGAGUAUAACAGAAUGAUUGACACAGUACAAUUGAAAACAUCACCUGGCUGUAUGUUUCCCAGGUAAUAAACACAUUCUGGUUAAAAGACAGUUGAACAUCAAGUCACAGAGUGCCUCCACCGUUAAGCUCAGAUAUUUAACUGCCUUCCCAAAUUGUACAUUUAUAUCAGUUAAUAAAUGAACUAAUUAACUCACUAACUGAUUAACAGGUUAUCAACUAAUUAGCGUUGUGUGUGUUGCAGAUUAGUGUGUGUUUAUUAUCCAAGUGAUGGAUAAUCAGGUAACUAUGGGAAUCAAGAGUUUAAAGUACCGUACAUGAAUCUCCUUUGAAACAGAAUUAUCUGUCAGUAUAUUUUCAGGCAUCAACUAUCUAGAGUCACAAGACACACUUCACAUUGUAAAGGUUUCCUAAGUGACCUACUUAAAUCCACUAAACACUACUUGUUUCAUUCAGUUAGUCCGCUAGAUAGUCUACUGAGUCUUUGCUAGAACAAUGGAAGGAAUGUAGAUCUUCUUGUGUGUCUGAUGUAUCCACAGAGAAAUGUCAACAAACGUAUCAUUCAAUGCCAGAGAUUUUUGAAGUUCUUCGAGGCUUAUGUGUCUUUAUGCUGUUAGGUCAAGGGUGUAAAUGCUACAUGGAUAAUCUAGCGCUCUCUGCUUGUCGUUUGUGGUAAUGCAGCUACACUGAGCAAUAUCGACCUACGUGAAGGCUUAGGUAAAUUAAUUGGUUUGUUCUUAAUAAAGGGUUUGAUACAAAUUUAAAAACGACGUGUUUAUUUAAAUAUAUUAUCUUGAGUUGAUUAAUUAUAUAUAUAUAUCGUCUUGACAUUGACCUAUUAUUUGUUUUUUAUGAUUAAUUUUAUAUCUUAAAUUCCAAUAUUUUAUCCUUGAUCCUUGUCAUUCCAAUUCUAUAAAUGGUUGUUUUAGUUAGGUGUGGAAACAAUAUUCCUUUACAUAUUGUACUAUACCAGCUCUGCCUAUAAAAUACAAUGUGUGGAACUCAAUUAACUGAUCAUUAUGAUGAUGUAUUUAUGAAAGCAUUUUGUUUUGAGAGGCCAUUUCUAAUUUAAUCUGAAUGUCCUCCAAUUAACACAAUAAAAAAGUAAAGAGGAAA